AUGUCUGUGAAGGCUAUCCUCGUCCUCUGCGCCCAGGCGCUCCUCGUCAAGUCUGCUCUCAGUCAGGCUUGUGGGUAUGCUGCCCCCAUCCUAGCCAGCCCUUGUGGACUGGCCGCUUCUGAGCUCGUUGCUCCGUGGGCUGGUCUUGGAGCUGCUGGUUUAGCCGCUCCUUACGGUCUGGCUGGCAGAGGCCUGGCUUACGAUGCCAUCAUCGGUGCCCCCGCUAUGGAGUUCAGCCCCACCAGUGGUGGUGGUAUGCCUGUGACCAGUGGCUCAGCCAUUGCUCCCGUCGGUAUCUCUGUAGCGUCUGACAAUGUUUACGAGGGUGCUCUGGAAGUGAUUGGAGAGCUGCCGUUCGUGGGUACUGUCGCUAUGGAAGGUGUAGUGCCCUCUGCCGGUGCUGGUGCCGUCAACCAUGCCUGUGGUAAUGGCAGGACCGCCAUGGCCAGUGGCUCUGCUGCCUAUGCCCCGGCUGCUGCACUGGCUCCUCUUGGUGCUUACGGUCCCGCUGGUGCUUUCGCUCCCGCUGCUCUUGCUGCUCCUGGCCUCGGUCUCCGAGGUGAUCUGAUUCGAAGAGGCUGCGGUUGUGGAUGGGCCAUCUAA